GAGAUAAGUUUAUGUUUAGUUUAAUAACUAUUGGAUUAGAGCAUCCAAUGACAACAGGUGAUGCCGGGCAGCUAGGAUGAGUGCACUUCUAAAUGAAAUCCAGCGCAUCCUCGGGGAUCUUCAAUCGGGAAAGGCACCCAGCCGAAACAAGGGCAUCCAGCAGCUGGAUGAAAAGCUCUCAAGCUGCCGAGCGGAUUUUGAUAAGUUGUUUCUUAGCAAAACUUGUGAUCUAUCCUGGACCACAAUCUUUGAUGCGUCGAAGGAGGCUCUUUUUAAGCAAGCUGCAAAUCUUGAGGAUGCAAACGAAAAAGUAUUCAAGACGCUGGCGGGAAAAAACUACCUGUACGAUAAUGUCCUCGAGAAGAUCACACAGUUCAACUUGGAAGCGGGGAAACAGACCGCCGGAAAUGGACACUUUCUGGCCAAGACAAGCAUCUUUGGUGCAUUUGAGGAUGGGAUUAAGAUGCGAGUGGUGGUCAAGUAUUUUGGAGACCGCAUUCUUAGUCUACUGGAAAAGGGCAUUUACUCAUCGGACAGCUAUGUGCGCGACCUGAAAAUUAACGAAUACAGCAGAAUUCUGUCCUACCUUUUUGAACUGAAUGUCGAUAUGGAGGAGGCUCUGCGAACCAGAAUACUGAAAUGCAUCACAAAAACCGUCACUUUGGCCAAGGACCGGGUUCAGCUGCACGUGGAUCUAGUAGAAUAUCUGCCAGAGCUUAGCAGCUUUGCGCUCUCCGCAUUUGGAGCCAGAAAAACUGAGAUUGUUCGCGUUUACUUGAUAUUUGCAGAAGAGCUCGCUGUCAACUACAACCACCAAUUGAACGUUCACAUGCAGGAGAUUCUACCCAAACUAUGCGAGUACCAUGAGGAGGAUGCCUUCCGGGACGACACCAGAAAUCUUUUUUUUCAGUGCGUUUCAAAGUCGCUCCAUUCUAUGUAUCUUAAAAUGGAUAAAUCGGACUUUAAUACUCUCGGUGUGCCGGUUCAUGAGAAGUGGCCGCAAACUCUACUGCGGCUCAAAACUAUUGUCAAUGUGGAAAUCCGUAAGAAUUCCUGGACUCGCUGUAAGAACGCACAACUGAGCAAUAACAAGUUCUCCGACCCCUUCAUCAAGAUGUCUGCCCUGGUUAUGUAUAUAGUGCUGUGGCACUUGGAGACGAAAAAGAUCGAUGAAAAUAGGGAAGGUGAUGCGCCGAAAAAAAUCCCGAAACUUGCUGAUAAAAUGGAAACUAUAUUUAGCCUGAUCGACAAAAAGGAAAACACCUUUAAUGACGUCUGGCUUGCGAUCUUCACUGAGAUACUUCAGCUGAGCAGUGUGAUCCUAAAUGUGGCCAACUACCAGACGGCACUAACCACCGUGGCGGAAAUAAUGCAAAUGUACGGAAAUGCGAGAAAUCUCCGGAAUAUUAGGUUAUGCCUGGCUAACCUUUUGACCAAAGAACAGGAGCUUUUGCAGUCGAAAUCUAUUCGGGAAGAUUUUCUGGGCGAUCUUUGGAGUCAGAUGGCAAACCAGCUCAUUUCAGAGACGACCAUAAACAGUGACGAGAUCAAGGAAAAGCAAUUGGUGCUGCAAAUGCUGAUUAGACACAAUAAACUGAAUCAAAAGAUGUCCAGCACGCUGCUUAACAAUAUAAUCUCAACUGAGAUGUUAAAACGCAACGAGUGCUUGGAGACAAUUCGCGAGAUCUUUAUCCAUGCUGAGAAAUUUGGUCAGGACAAAGCGUCCGCUGAUUUAGAACCUAUCAUAGCUUGGGCCUACGGUAGUGUGGAUAGAUUCAUCGCCGCCCAGAUGAUACACAAUAUUGAGAGUAUUGAUGCCCAGCUACAGGCAGAUACGUUUGCAAUCAGCAUUAUAAACUUUUUGGAUGUGCAGCAAUUGCAGCAGAUCUCUCGACGAGAGCAUAUCCUUGCUUCCACCGAACGCAAUCUUUUGGCCUACAAAUACAACGAGCAGCUUAUUUGCUUUGACAAGGACUACGCCAUUCCGUUUGAGUCAAUCACUCAAGUUCAGAGCGAAAUUAAGAAUUGUUUGAUUCAAUCCAAUUAUGAAUGCCUAAUGCGGAGCCUCAACUUUGAGAUCGCGAAGGAGAACAACCCCGCAGCAAUACUAAAAAACCUGAAUAGUUUAUUGAAGUUGACCUGCACACUAGAAAGGCUUUUGCAUUACAAGGUUUUCGAUGCAGAUACCUUUACUGGUUGCCCUCUGAUAAAAAGAAUUGGACUAUAUCUCAGCCACAUUGAGUUCCAGCUCAAGGCGAACGGCUCUGAGAUGCUAGAUAAGAGCGAUUUACCGGAGAUUUUACGCCUAGAAAUCUAUGUACUUGAUGUAUUCAGAACGAAUUCAGUCUUACGUAAUUAUUUGGAGAGGCAACCCAUAGAAAUGUUGGUUGAAUUUGUUGGCGCUGCCCUUAAGUUGCAUUCCAUGCAGAGGGAGCGAUUUGUGGAUGCGGAUCAUGGAACAAUAACGCGUCUGUGCCUCAAUAUUUUGGCUGGCCUUUGUGCGUACAAUUCGCACCGGGAUGAAGCAUUCGAGCACAUAGCAAAGGUAACGAUGCGUUGGCAUCCACAGGAUGUGCUCAUUGUGACCAAGAUGCUAUGCAGCUGCCAAACCAUUUCUGAAGCAUCUAGCACUUGGUUAGUGAGCAAACUGAAGACCCUUUUUCAGCACCAUCACCAGGAUGCGGAAAUUAUGGAUAAAGUGGUUCAACAAAUGCCCACGAUUUUUCACUUCGUAUGGAAUAAAGAAAAUGAUUUGGACGACAUGCUUAUGGCCCUUAACUCCCUUUUAAGGAUUGCUAUUAAGAAGUCCUACACAUCACAAUUAACUGCCAAAAUUGUGCGUUGCGUGGGAUUGAUUGCUCAGCAGUGUCCGGACAUCUACCUUCUCGAGAACUUUGCUGUGAUAUGCAAGUCCACUGCGAAAUUCAUCACCAUGCCCACUUUGGAAGUGCGCUUUGCCACACUCUUUACAUUCACCAUUCUACUCGAAUCUAAUUGCGUCACCAGCGAUGCCAUUGGUCAUUCUCAGACUCACUGGGAUUUCUGCCAGGAGUUGUACGAGAGCAUUGAGUUUAAGAAACUGACGUACAACAACGAGGAUGCCAUUCAAAACAGCAAUGCGUUAAUCGUACAAAUGCUUAUUGCCAUAUUUCUGCGCAGCUCAUUCCACCAAGAGAUAGCUCUAAAGGAGCUGCUUUAUCACUGUGCCCUGCGCAGGCUAACUGAAAGGGAGUUUAUUUCUCUGCAGAGUACGGCUUCCUGCCAUGGACAAACAGUACGUGAUCUUAUCCGACCAUUUUCGGGCAUUCUUCUUCACCACUGGAGCUCCAAGCGCUGGCCCAUUUCCAAGUUUCCCUAUUUUCUGUGUUAUCCAACGAAGAGUGAAUUUCGCAAAGCCCAUGCUAGUGAAAUCAUGGCUUAUACCUUUCUAUAUGGUAAAACAGAGGAUAUAGAACGAUGCAGUAAAUCCAUCAGCGAGGAGCUGGCCCUUCCGAUAGUGGCUGCAUUUUUACUGAUCAAAAACAGCUCGUGCAACGAAAGCGAAGGCCAGAACUUUAAGGAACAUCUCCAGAUAUUGUCGGAAAAUCUUAGUUACUCUCAACUGAAUGCCACAGAUGUAGAUCUUGAUUUGGAUAUCCUGUGUUAUGUGAUAAGCUUGCUGCACGAUCCGCAGGAAAUGCUGAGAUUGUUUUCUUCCUUUGCGCCGUGCAACAGAACACCCAGCUGGUAUAGUCUGACUGGAGAGUCGCUUUUCAAGUGUCUUAACUUUCACAUUGACCCUGAAAUGAGGUCUUCGGUGGACAGUCGAAUCCAAUCCAUGAGUACGCUUCAAAUCAAACAUUCUCGUGUGUUGGUCGAUAUUUUUGGACGCUUGAAGACCAACUGCUAUUCAGCCUCGUUUUCUAGUCAGGCCUUGCAUGAGUUCUUCCUCUAUUGUGAAGUGGCAGAUGCUGUCCAUGAUGCGGCCCAAAAAAAUGAAACCAUAGUUAUCCAGUGCUCCUUCUUUGUUCGCGACAUUUGGUAUUUUGUGGUUCGGUUUUUGAUCCACACAAAGUUCAUUCGCGUCCAAAUGGCUGCUCUGACAUUUCUGGAACUUUUGCUAAACAAACCCAGCUUCAGCUUGGAUGAUUUCCAAAGCCAUUUCGGAGAUAUAGCUAAGCUAUUAAGCAAUUUCCAACUUUCCUGCGAAGCGAAAGAAGUUAGAGAAAAGACCAUAUCAAUAGUAAUGCUAAUUUUGCAAUCAAAGAAAGACCAGAUCAACCUAAAUUCCUUUUUGGAAGAGACCACGGACUGCGAGUUUCUUAAACCUCUGCGAGAGGAUUGCAAGUCUGGUCAACCCAAUAUGGACAGGGCGGAUGUCGCCAACUAUUUGCGCUCCUUUCUGUUAAGUCCAACGCCAGAGAGAUUGCGCGAUCUGAGAACAUAUAUUGCCGAGCACAAGGACAAAGUGCAAGAGCAUGAAAAACUUUUGUUUGGGGUAAUUAACAAGCUCAUUCAGAUGUCUCGGGACGCGCAUAGUAAGACAAUUAGCAUUGAUUCCCUAAAGUGCUUGGCUCAAAUUGGACCGCUUAAAAUAUCCACAGUUUCGUACUAUUUUCAGACCGAUUUUGAAGCGCUUAAUAAGUCAGACGCUGAGCCCAUGGAAGACUUCCUUGGAGUUGUCUGCCAGAUGUUGGAUACAUCCUUAUUCCAAUUCGAUCCCAAAACUCACGAGGGUCUUGUGUCCGUAGCCAUUCAGGUGGUUAAUAGUAAGCCUGGAUCAAAUAUUAUGGCACACUAUAAAAAUUUAAGAAUCUUCGUUGACAAGUCAACUACAUCGACUUUUCUGCAUUCUAAUAAACAAAUUCGUCGCAUCGAUUGGCUGUCAACACUUGAAGCAACGAAAAGCCUAAGCUACGAGCCUUGGAUGUGCGCCUUUGUCUCAAAAGUGUUUCAAAUGUGUGGCUGGCUGGGAUUCGAUAAACUGGCCGCCACUUCUUUCGUCUUUGCCAAGACCUGUCUGCUACCUUUCAUUAAAUUACUACUGGAAAACAGCCUAGAUCACGUGGAGAGUCUGUCCCAGAUGCUGGAUUACUUCUUUGAAGGUUUUAAUAGUGCGACGGCACCGAACUCCCAGGAGAUCUUUCGCAAUAAAAGAGCCAUUAAGAAGUUUCUGCAUAUUUGCGAGUACAUACGAAUCUUUAAUAAUUGGACCAUACCCAUCAAUCUGAGCAACGUGGUUAUGGCUAGCAAUCACUGUCAGGCCUAUUUCCUAAGCAUAAUGUACCUAGAGCUCUGGGCCUGCGCAGAAAGUCCUAAGAGCAAAGCCAACUUCUUGGACAACGAAUGCUUUCAAGACUGCGCCAAAAAGGCAUAUGAAUCUAUUGGAUGCCUAGAUGCCAUUCCGGGCUUUGUCAAUCCCAUGCGCUCCCGUCUAGAUUUCCUUGGCCGCGGUAGCAAUCUAUCUACCAUUUUGUUGGAGUCGGACCACUUGGACAGGGCCAGUGGUCAACUUUGCAUAGACAUAAUGAAAGGAAAUGGUUUGUGGUCUUUUGCCAAACUCCAGCAGCACCAGAACAUUGAACCCGACUACGAAAUAUUUUGGCGCCUUGGGCAGUGGGAUUCGCUAACAGACGCAAAGCAUCAGCAAAAUCUGACGACUGUUAGAACAUCGCUUAAUCUGGAGCAAGAGUUCAAGCGGCAUCACUUCGUUGCCCUCAGAAGUAUUGGCCAGCGGGAGGAAGAGAACAGCUUGUCGGCCAUCGAAAUGGCCUAUAGCUGUGUGCGCGACAUUUUGAUGGAGAUCAGCGUGGAGUGCCUGCAGAGUGUGUACAAAUACCUAACGUGGCUGUGUUCUCUUCAACAAGCAGAGGAGUUUUGCCAGAUCCAAUUUGGCUCUCAACUGGAUCCUGCUUUGACGACCAAGAUUUUUAAGAAAUGGCAAACGGAAUUGGAGCUUAAGUACGGAAAUUUUUCUUGUAAGGAAUACGUGAUUGCACAUCAGAUUGCUUUGCUGAAGUUGGCGGGAACAAGAGCUAGUCGCAGAAUGACCGAGUUCUAUCAAAAGGAUCCCAUUAGCACGUACCUAAUGAAGGGAAUUGAGGAGUGCAAAAGCGCUGGCAAGUUAAAUCUGGCAGCCAAGUACACAGCUACUUUGCGGGAGCUUCCUAAUAUUAGGGAGUCCACCAAGAUAAGUGUUCUACUGGAAGAUGCCGAAAUCAAUCUGAAGAUGGGCAACCAACAAAUUGCUAAAGCCAUUUUGGACUAUGUGACCAACAAUAAUGACUUUGUGUACUGCGUCCAACGAGUUCCUGCACUCCGGAUGCAAGGCGAGUUCCUCUUAGACUGCAAUGCAGAGACUUUGAGUUGGGUCCAGUCUCACAACUUCAAUAAUUCGCUUAAGCUGAUUGAUGAUUUUGUGCUGCACCGCCAGACGCUGAGCGAAAAGUAUCGGGACAUCUUCGAUUGGAAUCAGCUUGAUGCCUUCGCCAGUAAGCACCGAACGGCUGCCUAUGCAACGAUUGCAAAGUAUGCUGAUCGGGAGUACCAGCAACUACAUGAUUACCGGCAUUCGCAGGAGUAUAAAACGCUGCAAGAUAUCAUCGAACAGAACCGCCAGACGGCGGAAAAGGUGACCCAGCGCGAGAACCAAGACCGGCGCAUCAUCUCCGUGCAGAUGAAACGUUACGCUAGUUUGGAUGAGCGGCAGCUAAAUCAGAUUGAAGAGAAACUGACAGAGUACCUGUGCCUUGCGUUGCGCAACUAUAUGGCGUAUUGUCGACUGGAUAGCAGCUUUUCCAGUGCUGCCAUCUAUCGCAUCAUCUCGCUGUGGUUCACCAACGCAACCAGUAAACAGUGCCAGGAGUGUAUCAAGGAGGAGAUCCUUACAGUGCCCAGUUACAAAUUCAUCUGUGCCGCCAACCAACUAACCGCGCGCCUUAACUCAAAAAACACAAGCCUGCUUAAAGGGCUGACAGACCUUUUGGUGCAAUGUGGCACAGAUCAUCCGUAUCAUACAUUCUACCAGCUGUAUCCCCUUGUGUUUGCCCACCUGGAUGGCGAGAACAGCAAUACAGAGCGAUCAGGAAUUGCACGUAAGAUUAUUGCUAUGAUAUGCGAAAAGAAUGUCACAGCGGGGGAAUGCUGCAAGCAGCUGGAGUCGCUGCUGCCAGCACUCAUAACUUUUGCCAACGAAGGAAAGACGGAUGAUAACAGGCCAGUGUCGGAUUCCGUCCGCAACAAGCAGUUUGACAAGGUGAGGCGCUGGCGAAAUCUCAAUGCCGUACAUUGCCCGACCCUCGAGUUGCCUGUUAAGCCCAGCAAGGAGUACAAUAUAAUAAGCGUCGUCAAGUGGAACAACGAGACUACACAGUGUGGGGGAUUAAAUGCGCCUGUUAAAAUUAUGUGCGUGUGCUCUGAUGGUAAAAUUCGGGCGCAACUGGUCAAGGGAAAGGAUGAUCUACGGCAGGAUGCCGUGAUGCAGCAGGUUUUCGGCAUCGUCAACGAUUUGCUCAACCAGGACUCCGAAUUUAUCGAGCGUAAGCUGAAGUUGCGCACCUAUAAGGUCACCCCACUAUCCAUGCGUAGUGGCAUCCUGGAGUGGUGCACCAAUUCGGUUCCUGUGGGUCAUUAUUUGGUUGUAGAGGGAAAAGGAGGGGCGCAUGCGCGAUACCGUCCAAACGACUGGAAUAACAACAAGUGCCGCAAAUUGUCCUCUGAUCACCUUAAGUUUGCCAAGGACGCGCGAUAUGCCAUUUACAAGCGAAUAUGCGAGAAUAUUAAACCCGUUUUUCAUUACUUCCUGCUGGAGAAGUUCCCGAUUCCAGGCGUCUGGUUUGAGAGGCGGUUGGCCUACACCAAUAGCGUGGCCACCACCUCAAUGGUGGGCUACGUCCUUGGACUGGGUGAUCGGCACACACAAAAUAUAUUAAUUGACCAGCAGACAGCUGAGGUCAUUCAUAUCGAUUUUGGGAUUGCCUUUGAGCAGGGCAAAAUCCAGACGACACCAGAGACCGUUCCCUUCCGGUUGACUCGCGACUUUGUGGCACCAAUGGGAAUCUGUGGUACAAAGGGAGUCUUUGCCAAAUCCUGUGAAGCUACUAUGCACAUUCUUCGCCGAUAUAAGUCCGUUUUUACCACCAUUCUCGAGGUUUUGCUGUAUGAUCCCCUCUUUAUUUGGGGUGUACUUAAAAAGAAGCAAUCCGGCCACUCAUCACAGCAAUCUGGCGAGGAAUCAGUGAAUUUAGUGGCCCAGCGAGCUUUGCUUCUUGUGCAGAACAAAUUAGAUGGCAGAGAGGCCGGCACACUGGGCGACUCGAAUGUCGAGGCACAAGUGGAGCGAUUGAUCAAUGAAGCCACUCUACCAAGCAAUCUUUGCAUGCUUUUUCCGGGCUGGGACCCUCACCUAUAAGUCUAAGUACAUCACAUUAUCAUUACUUGUUAGUAGUUCUAAUACAAGGUUUAUACGAUUUA